GUGGGCCAGGAUUAUGGCGAGCACUAGGCGCCGUGUUAAAUUAUAUACAUUAAACGAAGACCGGCAGUGGGAUGACCGUGGUACGGGGCACGUGUCUUCGUCGUACGUUGAACGUUUACAGGGAAUGUCGAUCAUGGUUCGAUCCGAAGAAGACGGUUUGUGGGGAUAGUUCUGUCCGCUGCUAUUACUUGUUUUAUUUUAUUAUGGCUAUUUUUUCGAGAAAACCCGAAAACCUGUUGUAUAUUGACCCCGGUUGCUUCGUUUACAGGUUCAAUUCUGCUCGAGUCAAAAAUACAGCCGCACACUGCCUAUCAGAAACAACAGGUACAUUUCGUCAUUUGUAGUAUUUUUGAAAUUAUGCUCGUUUCUCGUGAAAGUUCUGUUAUAAUGGUAAUUGCAUUUUUUUCACGAUAGGAGACUCUAAUUGUGUGGUCAGAGGGCGACAACUACGAUCUAGCACUUAGUUUUCAAGAGAAAGCGGGCUGCGAUGAGAUUUGGGAAAAAAUUUGUCAGGUAGGCUCAUUCUUCGAUAGCUUGAAUACGUUUUCAUUUGUAAAAACUUAGGUUAUGAGAUGAGUUGCUUGUAUAACAGUAAUGGAACGUUACUUAAAAGUGAAAGGUGCAUUUGUUUGGUAUUUAACAAAUCUAUCGCCUACCCACAAACUCUUACGAAAUCAUUAAAUGUCACUUCUGUCAGUGAAAAUCAAGUCUCUUGAACAUCGAUUUUUUUCUCCUCUACAUAGUAGCGUGCUAAAUUAAUUCUCUUUGGCAGAUUCAAGGAAAAGAUCCAUCUGUUACCAUCACGCAAGACAUCCCCGAAGACGAUGAGUCGGAAGAAAGAUUUGAGGAAGUUAUGGAUUCAACAGGCCCAAUUGAAUUACCCGCUUGCGAACUUAGUAAACUCGACGAAAUCGCCGAGUUAUUUAACAGUGUUCUACCCUCACCGAUUCGUCGAGAAAAGUUAGCACUGGCUAUCGAACAAGACAAUUACAUCAGGAAACUGCUGGAUUUGUUUCACAUCUGUGAAGAUUUAGAAAACUUAGAAGGACUUCACCAUUUGUAUGAUAUUUUUAAGUCAUUGUUUUUUAUGAACAAGCCUUCGUUGCUCGAGAUUAUGUUGGCUGAUGAUUUAGUCUUCGAUGUAGUUGGCUGUCUGGAGUACGACCCUGGCAAACCGGCCCCACAACGGCAUAGAUUAUUUUUAAAGGAGAGCGCGAACUUCAAAGAGAUCAUUCCUAUAACGAACUCGGAUAUUAUAAACAAGAUUCAUCAAACGUAUCGUGUACAGUACAUCGCCGACGUAAUUCUUCCUCCUCCUUCGGUUUUUGAUGACAAUAUGCUGGCUUCAGUGCAUUCGUUUAUACUUUUUAAUAGGAUAGAAAUUGCCACACAUCUGCAGGUGGGUCAACUUUUAUAUUUUCAAAAGAAUUGCCCUAGUAAGUAAAAAUUGUUGUUGUUAAGGAAGAAUCAAACGACGUUCUUUACGUUUCUAUUUGAAAUCUGAGCUUCACCAACCAUUGUCAAAAAUCAUAGUUUUCACAUUUCCGCCGGCUGACAGUAAGAAAAUUAAAAUUGACAAAAUAUAUCAGUGCUUUUCCUGUACAUAAACCAGGAGGAUUUUUCUUAAGAUCUGUUUAAAUUUUGAUGGAACUUUCAGUCAAUCCUGCAAGUUUCUUCAGCCUAUUUUAGAAUUUUCUGUCAGAAUAUCAAAUUACAAAUCUUUGUAUUUUGUUACAGAAAUUGUGGUCAGUUGGGUUUGACUUUAAUACGUUUGUGAUCACGAUUUCAUGCAUUGGUGCUGUAACUUUGUGCUACUUCCCGGGGUCAUCAUGUUGUGUGUUGACCUAAACUUUUAGACCCCUUAAAACUACACUUGAUCACAUGCACAGGUGUUUCAGAAAUGGCUAUUGACAUUUCUUUUGUUUCUAAAGCAAAAAAUAUUGUUUAUCUUGACAUUUCUUACAAUCAUGUGGUAGCUGCACUGUAUGACUAAUGUGCAUCUCAGCAAAAUCAAUGAAACAGUCUUUUCCUCGAAAGAUAUUUGGACCAGUUGUAAUUCAAUCCAGUUUUAGAGUUAAGAUGAAAUCUGAAAAUUUCUUCUGUUCUGUUUUGGUGAAACAUACUCUUCGGUGCAUUCACCAGUAUGGUUGGCUUGUUUUGAUAGUUGUAAGUAACACUGCCUCAAAACAAAGGUUGUUGGUGUUUUUAGUAUUUAUUGUACUGUACUUGUGGGAAGUCCUAUACUAAUGUGAUGUUAGUCUCAACUCUUUUUGUUUUAAUUAUUUGCACAAGGCUUUGUUUAACAGGAUAUGAUCAUUGUUCAUUGUACUUCAAUUUACUACCCUGUGUCCCUGAGAACUUACCAAAAAAAUUGCACUAAUAACAAAGGGUUGUUGCAAAAGCCUUCUAACUUUGUGGACUGCCAGUGAAAGUUGCAUUUUCCACAGUUACCAUGUUGGCAAAUCUGAAAAUCACCAAUAAAAUCUUCUCUCUUUAUCCUUGAAACACUUUCACCCUCAACUUCUAUGACUAUUUCUUUUUUUUGUGUUGCUUCAAUGCUUGAGGAUUAAACAUUUUUGUAGACAGCUGAGGUUAGGGUGCCAGGAUGGCCGUUGAUAAAAGGUCUUAAAUAGUUAAUGCCAUCCUUGUAGACCAGGUCCAGCUGUCUGCUUUAUAUACAGCUGUUUUGAGAAAGGUCGGAAGAAAUGCGCCCCCGACAAUCCCGAAAGGUAAUAUGGGAUAUGAUCAAUACUCUGUUCGUAACGACCGAACCUGUCAAACCUACUUUUGUUGUUCUCCUUUAGUACUCGCAAACAUACGUCCGGGCCUCCCGUACCAUUCUUUCAAAUUUCUUUGAAGAACAGUGUUCUCAAAGGCACCCACAAUACCUUUCAGGAUUGUCACGUGCACUUUUUCCGACAACCUUUCUCAAAAUAGCUGUAUUAUUUAAGUAUGGUUUACAGGGGCCAUGUCAUGAGCAUAUUGCUGUUGAGUCCACGUUCAUCCUUGCCGUCAGUAGCAACAGAGAACAGGAAACAGUUUCAGUGCCUAAAUGUAGUCCUAAGUAACGAAAAUGGACCAUAAAUUAAUUUUAAGCGAAGACAUAUUUCAGCUUAUUUUUAAAAGAGAGCAAAUAGCAUGCGGUAGCCCCUUAAACGGAUGUGCAGGAAUGUACCAUGAAAUUUAAAACACAUAUUGCAGCUGAGUGUUCAGCAUUUUAUUGGGAAUUGUGAUUACAUAUCUUUUUGAUACUGGUUCUUAUUUGGGUAUGGAGUGUUUACUUAUAGAAAUUCAACUGGCUUUUAAUUUUUUUCUUAACAGGAUGAUGAAAAGUUUUUAGCAGACAUGUUUUUGCAACUCGCUGAUGAAGACACGUUGGAAGAGAAAAAGAAACAACUGGUACAAUAUUAUUAGAAUGUGACCUCACAUGGGAAAAUGUACACUAACAGCUAUCCAUUAAAACGGCAGAAAGCGUUAGAUCUCCAUUUUGUUAUCUGAUAAAAUGUUUUAUCAAACCGUUAAUCUGUUAGACAAACCAUUUUUCGUUGUAACCCAUUCUGUUAAAAUGGUAGUCGCCAACGGUUAGAUUGAUAUAGCAAGCUGUUUUAAUGGCAAACACUAUCCGUUUACAGUUAAACCUCUUUAAUACAGACACCAAAGGGACAGAACCAAUUGAACACUUUACAGAGGUGUCGAUAUUAUAGAGCUUUGGCAGGGAAUGUAUGAUUUUUGGCAUUUCUGGGAUCAAACAAACUGUCCAUACUAGAGAGGUGUCUGUAAGGAGUGGUUAGACAGUAGUUGAUUCCAGAAAGCAUUAAAAAUGGCAGUCUCCAAAAUGCCAAAAUAAUCACAAGCUGUUUAAACGGCUAUCACCAACAUCAGUUCAAACUGUGCGUGGAUCAUAGAGAGUAGCACCCAUCUAUGCCUAUGUGUAUCCGAUGGUGUCCGCCAUGGCGUCAUACAGUAGUUUGCUAUCCCGGCACAUUUUUUGUUUCUAGGCAACAUUCGACUGAAAGCCAGUGACAGUCAUUCGACUGAAAGUCAGUGACCAGAGUGCUUGGUCUUUUUGCAGUCGUUUUAAGAGGCGCUGAGUGCUUUUUGCAAUGAAUUUCGAAUGCAAAAGCACUUUUAAGAGCAAAUGGAAGUGAUUCUGGAUAAUUAGCCUUAAGAUAUGAGCAAAAAUCAAGGUAACAAAACACGUUUUGCUUGUAGACAAGUUUGUACUGUAUCAGCUUAGUUGGGCGUCUGUUCUUUAAUGCGAUGAAAUGCAUUGGCGUUAUCGUCAAAACAGCAGUCAUUCUUCUGAAAAGUAUCUCUGAAUUCAUGUUUAAUGGGGCUCAAUCAACUUUAUACAGGGCACACUGGUGGAAGUUCUAGGGAAAAGGCUUUUAAUAAAGUAUUAUCAACAUCUUGGCAAUGUGUUUCACGUGGCAUAGUAGUAAUGAAACAGCCUGGCUUGUAGAAGGUCCAGAGUUCGAUUUCGGGCAGAACUUGUUUUCCUCUUCUCUUCUCUUCUUCUUUUUUUUUCCUUUUCCGUUACGUUUAGUCAUCUCUUUAGUUAUUGUAAUUUUGUUUUGUUUAUUUAUAUACCUGAAGUUUUUUAAAUUUAUAAAUUUUCUUUCUUAUUGCCUUAUAUCCCCUUCAACUCCUUGCCGUUCUCCUGUUCUAAGCCAUUCAAUCGGCCUAGAAUACCAUUUUAACACUUUCCAAAUCAGUUUUCCUCCCAUUUUCAGCCAUCUGUUUUAUCCAUUAGUGUACGUUUUCCCAUUCAAGGUCAAAGGUCAUUCAUUUGUAAUGAUUGUUCCAGUCCGAUAAGUGGAUUAAAUUCCUUGUGAUGAACAAUGUUUGAUGAUAUUUUCUGUCCUCACAUCUUCCUGUACGAGAACAAAAUGUUAAACUCAUUGAGUCUAGGUCACAUAAUAAACUCCCAAAAUUAGGACCUUUAGUGGCAUCUGUCCAUUGAUGUCUAACAAAUUCAUGUCUUUUUGCAGGUAAUCUUUUUGAAAGAACUAGUUGGUUUCUCUUUACACUUUCAACUUCACCAGAAAGAUGAGUUUUUUAAGGUUUGUAGAAAUCAUCUCAUUUGAGCAAACAAUUAAUGCCUUAAAUAGUAAUAAAAUAUUACCCUAUUUAGUCUCACUUGGAUAAGCAACGAGGCUCAUAAUCUGCAAGCCAUUUUUUUCCCUUCAUAUUUAGUACACAAAAAGGCCAUUCUAGUCCCAGGCGUUCCUAGCGGAGACGGUGGAAACUGGGAAUAAGAAUCGUUGUGUGACUGAAGCCACUCAUGUUUGCCGAAGAAAGCUUAGGUUUAGAGCUAACACGCAUACUAAAUCAAUUCCGAAACAAAUACAAAGUAAAUAUCCAGAAGUAGGAAGUGAAAAACCUUUAGCGAGUAAAUCCUGUUUUGUGUAGAAUUAAUUGCCUCAUUUCUCGAUCUAAUCUUCAAGCAAGCAAGACUUAACACCGCUGUAAGACCAAUCUUGUUAGUACCUAUAUUGCUGAUAUCCUGGACCUUAUUUUGUUUAAAGAGUCUUGCUCCUGAAUAAGCAAUUAGUUUAUUGAACAAGGAAUCAUGCCGCUUAUCUCUUUUUCAUGCAUUAAGUAUGUUAUUCAUCGAUGCACCACUUGUAUGACUCAUCACCACCAUUUGCAUGACUCAUGCAAAUUGUACUACUUGAAAGCAGUUUUACCAGUUGUAUGUCAGCUAGGAAGGGCUGCCAGGCUGAUAGCAUUGCACCAAAUCUGCCAAAGCACCUGACUUGUCCCCAGUAAGCUCAUCAUAUGUAGGCGGUCAUGGAAUGGUUAGGGGAGACUAUUACAGCACUGCUUGCCGGUGUCUUCCACAGGCUUACUUCAUAAUGUUUAUGAGAGAGCCAGGAAGACAACUGGGAACUUGUCAGCUUAUGCAGUGGUUCUGGGGCAUCGAUUGAAUUUGUGAUCAUUGUCACUUUAUACUGUGCUGCCUGAAACCCACUCUUCACCUCUCUGAAAAGUUUUAACAUCUAAGCUCAGUUCCAACAAAUCUGCAUCAUUUAUCCCCAGUUAAGUCUUGCACAUCUUAAAUCACCAUUGAAGGCAUGAGUUACAGAUAAGAAUCUCAACCAUUCUCGCCACUUUUUUUUUUCAAUUGCCUUCCAGAGAAAAGCACAAAUAUUUGAUGCCAAAAGCAUUAAGGCAUAGUAACUUAGGUAAUCAAUUAUUACGUUUUAACUCUGUAUUAUUAUUCCCUCAGGCACUUACACACCAUGGUUUACUUCCUGCCCUAGAAAUGCUGCUUGUAAGUAUAAGUUUACUAAGCUCCAGUAGGAUAAUAGAAAAGAGCAUCCAAGUACAUGCUAUCAUGGGAUAUACUGAUGUUUUGUGAUUGGGAACUUACUUUAUCCAUGAGGAAAUUGAAAAAUAAAAUGCUCAGGGUUACACUUGUGUAAUUUUAUCUACGGGAUGUGAAGGUAAUUGGCCGUGGGGUUGAAGGUUGAAGAUUCACCUUAGGUGAUAAAUCCUAGUUUCGCUGGCUGUUGCUUGGCGGGUGUAUCCUCUCUUGCUACUGAAGAGAUCAAUUUUCAGAGUUACAAUCUCUGUUGCAAAGGUGACAUCUGUGUGAAGUCCUUGGUCUGUUGGAGUUAUUGAGCUCCUUUCUGCUCAGAACACAUAUUGCUAGUGGUAACCUUGCAUUUAACUUAUCAUUCCCUUAGCCAGGUGUGGGAACCAGGGAAGGGAGAGUCAAAGUAGCAAUAUUAUGGCUCAUAAACAGGAUUAAGCUCCAGUCAUGUUGUGAUGCUUGGUUUGCAGGUUAGUGACAAUGAAGAGCACAGGCUGGCAUCUGUAGAAAUGUUCUCCCAGGUUGUUGACAUCAGUCCUUACCUUGUGAGGGAUUUCAUCAUGAAAGAGGCACAAACACAAGAAGAAGUGAGUACUUUUUCUGUGGGUUUUGUGGCAGGCAAUGUAGUUCCCAGAUUUCCCAGCGUCAAAGCCGGAUGUUUUGUUGUUAAACGCUGACUGUUCUCCAGUUGAACCAGUACUUAGCCAGGUAAUAGCCCUAAUAAGUGGGAGACAGAGGAGAACAGAAUUUACCCACAAAUUAUAGAUACAAGUUACAAGGUGUGCAAUGUUGCAUCACAUGUCCAGUCCUUAAUAGUGUCUCUUUAAACCCAAGUGCCCAUCUAUGAUAAAAACUUAGUCAGAUUCAAUUAAAAUAAAGUUAAUAAUAAUGAUAAUAAUAAUAAUGUGUAGUUCCAGAAAACAUCCAGACCCCCACCACGGAGGGAAUUUCACUUAGGACCUCCCACCCCCCUGGAUUUUCCAUUUUUGCAGCUAACGUUAUUUAGAGUCAAAUAAAAAAUAGUUAAUAUCAAUGGUAAGAUCAAAAGGGUUUGGUACCAGAAAUACGCCCCGCCCGCCCCGCGGAGGGAAUUUCACUUAAGGCCCCCCCCCCCCCGGGAUCUUCCCUUUUUGCAGCGGACUGAUUGCCCCCCCCCCCCCACCCCUCUGUAAUUUCCACAAGUGUGACAAAGACCCCCCAACCCCUCUGGAAAAGUUCAUUUUCACAAAGAAAGACUAUUAAAGUAAAAGAAUGAAGCAGUUUAUGGUUAGUACGUAACGGUUUCCAUCAGAAGCUUGUAGGCUUCUGUUUCCAUUUAUUGAGUGAUCUCGCAACAUUAAAACACACUCCACCACCACAAAGUAACCUAAUCUGCAGUUUUUGCUCAUCUCUAACUUUAAAUGAAAUAGAUAAAGUUAUAAGUCGGUUGUAUUUAUCAAUUUACCUUAAUCAGGGCAACCUUACGAUUUGUUAUUUGUCUUCAUGGGCGUAAUGUUGAUAGAAUUAACGCCAUUUCGUGCGAGAAUGCUGCUUGGUGAACAAGUCAAACUUUCAACCACAAAAUUAAGGCAAAGCAAAGAGAAGAAUAAAAACUCUGACUUCUGAGAUGAUAACAAUGAAUACCCCCUGCAUCUUGAAGCAAAACUAAGUUCAAUUUACUGUUUUCCAAUCGACUGAUGCAACGUUAUACAUGGACGCAAUGGCCGUAAUGUUUGGUGAAAUCAACACCAUUUCAGUGAGCGAGGAUCGAUCUUGAACAUGCCACAUCUUCAAUCACAAAAUUAAGGGAAAAUGAAAGGAGAAUAGAAACUCUACAUUCUAAAAUGGUUACAAUGUAUAGUUUGUACUUUCUGAAGUAAAAUUGCCACGCUACUGUUCUUCCAUCGAUCCACUGACGCAACAUGAUGUGCUGCACACGUUGCUGUCUUAAGGGAGACUGGUAACAAGUAAUGGCGGCUGAAAAUACGAGCAUGCGAUAAAACGAGUUGUAGUCAGUCUAAUUCCCUUAAAAUUACAUCCAAAACGCUUUUGGAAGAAAGGAAACCUGGUUAAGAUCAAAAGGAACAAUCUUAAAUGAUAAAUUUCAAGUUAUUCAUGUCCUAAAAAUGAUCUACCAGUUCGGUAAGAAGCAACAUUCGAACUCAGGUGGAAAACAAAAUGAUGUUUACCCUUGGAAAGUGAUUUUAUUGUCCAACCCCCCUCCCCUCUGGAAUUUCCUGUACCUCUAACCCCCCCACCCCCCUGGAAUUUCCAAUUCCCACUGUGGUGGAGGUCUGGAUAUUUUCUGGAACCACACAUUAAUAAUAAUAGUAAUUAUUAUUAUUAUUAUUGUUAUUAUUAUUAUUAUUAUUGUUUUACACACAGGGAUUUUGUCAUUUUCACUAUAUUUAUAAACCUUUAAUUUCAGUAGUAAGUCGUUGCCAUUGUUAUGUUUUCUAACUGGGUAAUUUUAUUUAUUGGAUUUCUUUCUUUAGGACAUGCUUAUUAAUCAUAUGAUAGAUUACAUGAUAUGUGAUGGAGAUACAGGUCAGUGGUUGAUAAGAUGAUUAUUAUUAUUUUUGUUGUUGUUGCUGUUGUUGUUGUUAUUUAUCAGCCUCUGUUACUCUUACCUCUGCAUAAAAUUUGAGGGCACAAAGUAUGUUCUAACUUGUUCUGUUUCAUUGUAGGAAAUGCUUAUCAACUCUCUCAGCUGAUCAGAACAUUACUUGACCCAGAAAACAUGGCCCUAGGAGCGAAUGUAAGUGCUUUCUUUGACAGAUAAAUGUUUGGCUGCUCUGCUGUAUGGGCAUUUACAACAGUGAUUUUGUUACAAAUAGUUAUGGUGAGUUCUGGGACUCAUCAUGUGCAGUUUUUAUUCUAGACUAGGGCAUUUCCGGAUUCCAGCAUUGGGAGAAUGAGGAGACGAUGGCUAUGAAGACAAUGAAAGAUACACUCCAGCUCAAAAGAGAAAAAUUAUUUUACACUAAGCACUUACACUACCCUGGUUGGGCUAUAUUUCUUGAAAAGGGAGCCCUUUACAAUUACUUUAGAAGGCUGCUCAUGGUCCUGAUUGGCCACCCUGUUUUAGUUCAAUUGAGAAUAGCGUCUAAAAAUGAUACCCUGCUCUUUUUUCUGCAGAAAAUGGAGAAGUCUGAAUUCCUGAGUUUCUUCUACAAACACUCUAUGCACGUUUUGACAGCACCCCUUUUUGCUACGACGUGUGAUGACAAGCCAAGCAAAGGUAAAUAGUCACUGGUCAUUACUUUACAUGUGGCUGGCCUAUUGGAAACCUCCUUGGAAAUCCUCCUGUUUCUACCCAUUCUCAGGAAAACUCCUAGAAUGUAAGUUUUUAUUGAUUGGUUUGGCAUUGGUGAAGGGAUAGACCCUGCUGACUUUGGAAAAUUAAGAUUAUUUUGGACCAUUCAUGCCAAGGCUUGGUUGGAAGGUUUCGUAUGAAUUAUUCUGAUUAUUUUAUCAAUCUGAGCCUCAAGUUGGUGACUUUGUUUACAAGAGUGCAGGGUGGUCUGUUAAGAGCAUUUUGUUGGUAGUAAAAUGUGCAAUUUUGUUUUGAGGGUGUUCAUGGAAUAAAGCUGUCAGUGAUUGUUGAUGUAAAGUCCCAGUAUCCUUUAGUUUCAGAAACAAAAUACAAGGAAAUUUGUUUACUAGGAUUUAAUCAAAAGUCAGGUACAGCUCUUUUCCAUAUGUCUCUUCAUUUUUGCGCUGAAAAACUCCUGGAAUUUCCAAGUCUCUCAGUAGUAUGGACCCUGUUAAAGGUAUCUGUGAUGAGCCAUUCUCUCAAUUUUUUGCAGAUGACUAUGUUAACAGUGUGACACUUGGACACAUCCUUGAACUUUUGACCUUCUGUAUCGAGCAUCACACAUAUCACAUAAAAAACUAUGUCAUAAAUAAAGACCUCCUCAGAAGAGUGCUAGUACUGAUGAAGUCACGUCACAAGUUCCUGGUGUUAAGUAAGUUUACCUUUUUACUUAAAUCAUGACAUUCAUUUUCUUUGCGUGAUUUUUGUUAAAUUUUACACAGUGAAUCAACACUGUGACAGGGAAUGAAACAGGAAUUGCAUCCUUUGAUAUCAACCUCUCAAUUACCCACCCAGCCCAUGAAAGGUUGACCACAGGUCUGGAGUCUAUGUCCCCUACUCUCUUCUAACAGCUGUGUGCAUUUGUUUGCAUCCCACGUGAACCAGAAGAGGGGAAGUGUUGUGAGAUGGAACUAGGAUUGUUAGUCUUAGUCUGGUCAUUAGAGAGUUUAUUAUAAGCAACCAUAAUGGUGACAGCAAAGAAAAUGUCAAUUAAGAGGUGAAUUUGUGCUGUUUGUGUGCAGUUUGUUAAUACCAGACAGAAGAAUCACUUGGACACUACAUUUUGGAGAACCUUGACUGCGCAGAGAUCAUUUUUCUAUCGUGCAAUAGUAUCAUAGAAUAAGUUAAACGAGGAUACUAAGAACAGCUUGAAUGUUGAUCUAUUGUGAACAUUGAACAUUGUGCUUGUAGGGAACUUUGGGCAUCUAUACUUUGACUUAUGUGAUGUUUUUAGGAUCAUAUCUAUGUUAGUUUAUCUUGAUAACUUGUAGCAGUUUUUUAAGAGUAUUGUUAUUAUGAGGUUUCUUCUGAUGAUUGUAAAUUAACUUUGAAAAUCCCAAUUUGGGAUAUGUUAAUAAACUUAUUGUAUUGUAUCUUAUUGUAAAGGUGCAAAUGAACCAAAGGCUCAAACAGCCGUAGCUUAUCCCAGUUUCUUUAGCAUGAAGCAUGCCCAGGAGUAUUGCUACUCCCCCCCUGGAUGGGAUGCUAGUCCAUGGCUAUGGGGGGGGGGGGGGGCGUAUACAUGGGAAUUUUUUUUUGUUUACAGGACGAAGGGGCAAAAAGCGGGGGGGGGGGGGGGGGGGGGGGGAAAAGGGGACAUUUUCCAUAGAACUUUUACUUUUUUUUUAUUGAUCGGAAGACUCUAUGCAACCAAAGGCUCAAAACGCGGUGUGUCUCCCCCGUGUUUUUAGGGGAAGCAGGGCGCGGGGUGUUGCCGGCGCCCCCCUGGGGGGGGGGGUGGGGGUGGGGGUGGGGGGGGGGGGGGGGGGGUUUUAAUGGGGGGUUUUUUUUGUUUUAAAGGAAAGUGGGGCCAAAAGGGGGGGGGGGGGGGGGGGGGCGGGGUAAAAGGGGACUUUUACCAUAGACCUUUCAUUUUCUUAUUAUUUGACAGAAAGUCAUUGGUCUAUGUAACCAGCUGACUCCCCUUCCACCCCUCCUCCUCCCGCUCAGCGCUCAUGUAACAUUUUGUGUACACUGGCAAAUGAGAAAAAAAUGUUUGCUAACUUUAACAUUGACAUUUUCUGUUCCCUUCAUUAGACUCACUUCGAUUUCUCAGAAGAAUAGUGGGGCUUAAGGAUGAGUUUUAUAACCGCUACAUUGUCAAGGGCCAGCUGUUUGAUUCAGUAAUUUGUGCAUUUAAAGAGAAUGGGCAAAGAUACAAUCUGCUGAAUUCAGCCAUUGUAGAACUGUUUGAAUUUAUCAGAGCGGUGAGUAUGAAAUAUCAAUAAGACAUGAUUAUGAUAAGUGAUUGUAAAUAAAAGUUUGUUAUAUUUUAUUUUUAUCACACUAUAUUCCAGAAUUUUUUCAUUUUCAAAUCAUUUCGUCUGUUGAAGACGGUAGUUCAGGCGGUUGGAGGCUUGUAUUUUAUAAUAAAUUUUUCAAAUUAUAUUUGAAAUAUCACUGAAGUGUAGAAAGUACUAGUUUUGAUCUGACAUCAAAGGAAGAACUCUUCAUCAGAAGAAAUUCCCGUUGAUGAGGGUAUCAAAUUUUUUAUGAGUCCCUUUCAAUUGUUCUUGUAGGAGGAUAUGAAGACUUUGUGUACCCAUGUUUGCUCAAAGUACACAGAGUUCUUUAAAGAUGUCACUUAUGUCAGUACAUUUAAAGGGCUUCUGCAGAGGGAUGAACAGGAGAAAGACAGAAAACAGAAUAACAGAAUCCUUGAAAGGUAUGUUUGUCAGCAGAUCUGGUUUUUAAGGAUGCCAACACUAUUUUCAACAAAGAUCAUUUUUGUGCCUAUAAAUCAUUGGCAAGUUGGUACAAGCAUGAUUAGUGUUAAUCCUGGGUUAACUGGAAACAGAGUAAAUAAUUAUUGUAAUUAGAUGAGUGACAUCAUUUCAGUUUUUUGAACCUUGUGAAUAUUUUUAGACUGUUCACAGUCCCCUUAUUUUUCUGUAACAUCAUCAAGAUUGAGUGCUUUGUGUUACGGGCAGCCAUCUUGGUUUCAGUUGUUCCAAGUUUAGCCCGGGGAUGAGUGUCAGUCGACACCCUCCCCCUCGGGACAUGUGAAAGCAAGAUGGCCGAUUAUACUAUUAAGCACUCAGUCUGGAAGAUCUUACAAAAAAAUACUAGAUUGUGAACAGUCUAGAUUAGUUUGGACUAUUCACUUGUGUGUGUCUUGGACAUUUGCUACCUGGCAAUUUAUUGGUCAAAUGGGUGAUGCUGGUAGAUGAUGAUGAUGUACUUGGUCUUUGUGACAUUACAGUUAACACCUGCAUAAAAGAACCUACUUUUUAAGUCUGGCAAAAUAGCUUCUUGUAUUUUGGGGUUCUUAUUGGCAAUUAAUUUUUAUGAAGGAGAUAAUAGAUUGUUGAUUAGCAGAAAAAUAAAACAAAAACUGGGUUUGGUCCUUAAAAAAAUAUUGUUUGCAAUAGUAUUAUUAUAACUCUAACACAACUGAUUACUGAAUUUAUAUUCAGUUUGGUACACAUACAGUAUGUUCUCAUUAUACUUAAAUUUACAAUCUCAAAGUUACAUUCCUUGGUUAAAUUGUUUAUCAUUACCCACAUAUAAAAACCUGCUUGAUCUUGCUUGACUAAACAGGUUCUUGUAUUUUUGGGUAUUAAGGUGGCAAAUUUCUGCCGGGAGGGUUUUAAUCCACAGGUUCUUAUAUGCGGGUGUUUACUGUAUUUCACUGACUUGGACUUGCAGCAGAGGUGGCAUGAACCAUGGAAUCAUUCAUGUGAACAGCCGGUUCAGACGAGAUGUGCGCACGCUGGAAGAGGAAGAAGAACAUUGGUUUGAUCAGGAAGAUGAAAAUGGAGAGGAUAAUGUCAUGAUGGAACAGAAUGAUCUCCUCUCAGAUGAUUCUGUGUUUAAGAGUAGAAAAUCCUUUGUCAGUGAAAAGCCAGCUCAAUCAAUUGUCAACAACAAGCGGGUAAGUGUGGUAGCUAUUUAUACACGAGUAAGUUGGAAUCAUCAAUAAAACCAAACCCCCUUUUAGUGUAGUCAUGGCUGUAUAAUAUUCAAGUUCAGAAUGGUGAGAAUAAACUGUCAAAACAAUGGGCUGAAGAUUAACAUCUAAUAACAACUUUAAAGUAUGCCUCAUAGAAAACAAACAUGUGUACCAAACAUAUUAUGUUCGAGACAAAAUAUCAGUGGGAGCUUUGUAUAUCUCUUGCGAAUAUUGUAUCCUGUUUGUGAAAUGAAGCAAGGUGUAGAGAUCUGAAUCAAAAGUUAAUGAAUACUUAUUAGCUGUGUGUAGUGUUUGUAACAAAAGUUAAAUGAUUCUGUUUGAAACUUUGUCAACCCUGUUGAUUCGCAUUGGAACUUACAAAGGUGUUCAUGUGACUCAAUUACUUCCUCUUGAUUUGCUAUACAACAUAUAUGAAUAAUUAACAAAAUUGCAGAUAGCGAAAAAAACAUGCUUGCAAAUAGGUUUUCAAAAUCCACGAUUUCAGUCUGUUUUAAUCUUCAGUGUUGUUCGUCUAUUCCUUUUUUUGUAUUAUUUUGUUGUGUUAUGUCAUUUGUUGGCAAGAGCCAGCUCAUAUGAAGAUUCAGUAUCUCAGACACUUGUAACAAAGCCAUUUGUUGUUCUUUCAACAGCCAUUAAUUGGCCUUGUCGAUUACCCUGAUGAUGAAGAAGACGAUGAGGAGGAAGAUGCUACCACCAGCCCCGCCAAAAGAGCUCGACUAAAUGCCUCCUAGCAUUUGCUUACAUGGGCUUAAGGGGGCAGGUACAGGUUACCAUGGCUACCAUAGCAGGCCUUAUGGAGUGGAAACGCCAGUCAUGUCAUAUGUCCAUCGUAAUGUAUCCAGAGUAUAAAGAUACCCCAAAGUUGAGCUUUUAUGUCCCCUGGGAAGCUUGAUCACUGUGCACAUGCUGUAGUUUUUGGAUUUUAUUUUGUUUUGUUUACCUCUACUGACCUCAUUUUAAAGUAAUUUCUUUUAAUUUUUCACAUUCUAACUACAUUGUUGGGGCUGAUUAGCGUGAAUAUAAACAAAUAAUAAUUUAUUGGCUGUCAUGCAAAUGGUAUAAUAUUUUUCUUCUUGUUGUAUGUGAAAAUUGGACACUCUUACUCUUGUCAACUUGUGUCAGUUCCACAUAAGAUUGAUGACUUCAAAAAGUAUCCUUAAGAAGUGCAAAUGUGCAGUGUGUUUAAAUUAUUAUGACCGAAUAUACAUCCCUCUCCCUCAGUUUCUAAAGUGGUAUAAAAUUUUUGGAUAUUUUAAGAUUUAACCCCCUUACCCAUGGGAAUCUUCAUGACGAAAGAAGUUUAUACUUGGGAACCAAUGACAACAUUAUGAGGCUGGCCUCAAUAUAUUCAUAUUGUGGUAAACAAAUAACUACAUGUACAAUCAUAUCCAAAAACUACAGCAAAUUGCAAGCAUUUCAGAGAUAAACUGCCUCGUGAUGAUUACAGCUGUUUCGAGAAAGGUUGUCGGAAAAAGUGCACGCGACAAUCCCCAAAGGUAUUGUGGGUGGUUUUGUCUGCCCUGUUCUCCAAAGAAAUUUGAAAGAAUGGCACGAGAGGCCACAGACAUAUGUUCGCGAGUACUAAUUAAGCAAUAGAAAACGUUUUCCCUGUUUGCAUAGCCUGAUAUAAACACGAGAGGGGUUGGGAGAAUUCGAGACGGUUAUGCAAACCCGAGACGAAGUCGAGGGUUUGCAUAACCGUCGAGAAUUCUCCCAACGCCUCGAGUGUUUAUAUCAGGCUAUGCAAACAGAGGAAAAAAGUUUUCUAUUGCUUUUAUAAAAUAACUUUCCGGAGAAAAAAACGCAAAACUCUUUGUAUGGCACUGAUUAAAAGAGAAAUUCUUACCAGUCGCAAAAUCCUGUCCACGAAGUCUUGCACGCGUAAUCAGUUCUUGUUUUGCAAAAAGAUGCUUUGCAAAAUACGGAUUUUUCCCGCUUAAAACGGUCAGCUUAAGCGAAGAAAAUUGUACACACCUUCUUUGUAACGAUUUUCCAAGUUUCAGCCGACGAAGGACUCGAAAACUUUUUCAAAUUUGUGCUUGCGUGAUUUGCGCGCGAAAAACCAAACAACUUGACGCCACAACCAUGUUUACAUACUCUCAUGCAAACACUGCUCUCGGCCAAUCAGAGCGCGUGUACUAUCUUAGUUAUUUUAUAAAGGAAAGUAACAAAAGUAGGUUCGACAGCUACAUUCGUUAGGAACGGUGUAUUGAUCAUAUCCCAUAUUACCUUUCGGGGUUGUCACGUGCACUUUUUUUUGACAACCUUUCUCGAAGUAGCUGUAUAAACUUACCUUUAUUUUCUUUUAGUCCUGCACUUCUUCACUUUCUUUCUCGGUAGAAAGACACGCACCCUUUCAAACCUCGUGGCUUGCAAGCAAACUGUCUAUUUUGAAAUCGCGCGAGUGAGCCACGAAUCUCGCGCGUGACU